AUGGGGAACAGCAGGAGCGGGCCCCUGUCCAAGGAGAUCCUGCAGGAGCUGCAGCUGAGCACGCACUUCUCGGAGGAGGAGCUGUGCGCCUGGUACCGCUCCUUCCUGAAGGAGUGCCCGGGCGGGCGCAUCACGCGGCAGCAGUUCCAGAGCCUCUACGCCAAGUUCUUCCCCGACGCCGACCCCAAGGCCUACGCCCAGCACGUUUUCCGCAGCUUCGACGCCAACAGCGACGGGACCCUGGACUUCAAGGAGUAUGUCAUCGCCCUGCACAUGACCACGGCGGGCAAGCCCAGCCAGAAGCUGGAGUGGGCCUUCUCCCUCUACGACGUGGACGGCAACGGGGCCAUCAGCAAGGGCGAAGUGCUUGAGAUCGUCAUGGCGAUUUUCAAAAUGAUUCGUCCUGAGGACGUGGAGCACCUGCCAGACGACGAGAACACCCCAGAGAAGCGAGCCGAGAAGAUCUGGGGCUUCUUUGGGAAGAAGGAUCAUGAUAAACUUACAGAGGAGGAGUUCAUCGAGGGGACCCUGGCCAAUAAGGAAAUUCUGCGGCUGAUCCAAUUUGAGCCCCCAAAAGUGAAGGAAAGGUUAAUGGAAAAGGACAAGAACCCCUGA